AUGUCUUCAUCGCUACCAAGUGAUAAACAAGCGAAAUCCGAAGCAAUAAGUGUUAGAAUUCAUAGUUUCUUUUGUUACAGACAAGAGAGUUUUGUGAAGAAGCGACAAUUGGAAAAACAACGUCAAUCACUGAUAGCAGAAGCACUGAAGAAUGUUGAUUCACCGGCAUCCAAAUCCAAGAAGAUCGUUUUCAAUUCAGAUUCAGAGGAUGAAAAUCAAACAACGUCCCAGGCUCCAGUUGAAAGUAGCUCUACCACUCAAAACAACUCGAAUAUUCGAUUAUUCGAGAAUGAUGGAGAUGAGGGUGAAGAAGAUAACGUUGAGCUGUCGAUCAAGAAUCGUCAUUUCGGCCCGAAAGGUGCAAAACUGAUGGCACUGGAGGCGAAAUUCGGAAACGACGAACGAUUCCGAAUGAACGAAAAAUUUUUGGAUGAAGACAAGACGAAUGAGGAAGAAGUAGAUGGUGAAGCCAUGGAGUUGGCGAAAGAAAAGAAAACAGAAUUCGAAAUCUUAUCGAAGGUAUUGGGGAGAACUAUACGAAGUACAAAGUUGAAUGAGAAUGCGGUCGCAAGCAGUCAAAAGAAAGCUCCAUUCUUAAGGUUCGAUCCCGACAAUCCAGCACAUGUGAAAUGGUUGAAUGAACAACAGCAGCUGAACCACGCAAAAGUUUUUAUUUUCUCAAAUUGGUUUUGUUUGAAGCAUGACAACGAAAACAACGACCAAGAAUCAAGUGACGACAGUGUCGGUGAAGAGGAUGAGAGGAACAGUGUGGAACAGGAUGAAAGCGAGGAAACCGAUGAAGCCUUAGCGACAGAAGGCAGAAAAUUUAUCGAAGGAUACUAUUAUGACUUCGAUCAAAGCUUUGCUGAAAGUUUGAAGAACUCAUUGAAAAUUCAAAAAGUUGAAAUUGGAAAGGACAGCGUGAGGAAAUUAGACGAUGAACCAGAAGGUGAGACAUCGCUGGAGAAGGAGGAACCAGGCGAACCGAAGCGAAAGCAUGUGAAGUCAUCGGCGCAGUUACCAACGGACCUGUCCGCAGCCACGACAUCACUUGACGAUGGCUUUUGCUUCUUUCUUAGGCAUACGGAUCCGCAAAUUGCGAAUUCUGUUCAGAAUUUCUGCCGGAAACAAAGUGUCGAAUCAAUCAAAAAGAACUGGAGCAAUAUACGAACAAGUAUUGUGAAGAUUUACAAAGGACAGCGAAAACAAGCGUUGAGACAGAAGAAGGAAGAAGAGAAACAAGCAAUGAGGUCGAUUAAUUCGGCGAAAAAUGCUAGCAAAAAGAUUAAAUUAAACAACGGUAAGUGUAAUAUACCGUUAAAGUCACCAUUUUAG